CAGCUGUCAGCGUUGCACUUUGUUGCACUCUGUUGCACUUUCUGCACCUAGAACGAGUAAAUUGUUACGAGCGCGAACAGUGUAAUGCAGCGCAGCUAAAAAGCGCAGAAAUACGCCCGAUCUUUGGAAGGAGCGAGGGGGAAAGAGAGAGAGAGAGAGAGAGAGAGCGAGCGAGCAGAAAGCUCAGCUGAUAAUGAGCGCGUACGUUUAUUAUCGCUUCAACUUUACUGGGAAAUACUUAAUUUCCCGCUGCAUUUCGGUGAUUGUAAGUUGAGCGUAAAAUAAGAAGCGAUGUCCGCCGGUGCGGAACGCCCGGCCUCGAUGCUGUUUCAGGACAGCCAGUACAAUUGGACGGACGAUCUGCCAGUUUGCAAACAGUCCGGAGUGGGUUUCUCCACCAAUCAAAUCUACCGAGAGGACGGGUAUCGACAGGAGGAGCAUUCGUUUGAGGAUCGCAGCUUUCACUGUAGAUACGACGACUCCACGUUUCUCUAUGCUGUGUUCGACGGCCACGAAGGCACCAAAGCGGCCAACUUCGCUAUGCAAAGGAUGGCUGCGGAGAUUCUACUCGGGCAGUUGAACGGCAAGUCAACUGACGAAGAGGUGAAGGAAGUGCUCCGGCAGGCAUUCAUAGCAGUCGAGAAAGGAUAUCUGGAGUCCAUUGGUGAUUUGUUAGCGGAACGGACUAGUCUGCAGUUCGACAUACCUGAUGGACUGACCCCUUACGAGACCUACCAAAAGUUUCCAGACUUGGUUGACAAGCUGAACGCGCUCAACUGCGAGCUAUCAGCCGGGACAAGUGCUGUGGUCGCCUUGGUCUACAGAGGGAGGCUGUACGUCGCGAAUGUUGGAGACAGCCGGGCGUUGUUGUGCAAGACGGACAGCAACCAAGUUUUACGAGUUGUACAAUUAAGCGUAGAUCACGAUUUGAGAAACGAGGACGAGCUUUUGCGACUAUCUCAAUUGAGUUUGGACGUCGAGUCAAUCAGACAUGGAUCUCAUCUUGGAAAUCAGGAAAACACGCGUUGCCUGGGCAAUUACCUCGUCAAGGGCGGAUACAGAGAGUUCGAAGAACUAACAGCUUCCCUGGCGGAGCCGAUCAUUGCCGAACCAGAGAUCCACGGAAGUAUCGAAUUAGACGAAUCCUGUAGAUUUUUAUUACUUAUGUCGCGCGGUCUGUAUAAAUCGUUGGAGGAAGCGACCGGCACCGAUCAAGUCAACAAGGAAUUGGCCUUGAACGCUGUCGAGCAGUUUCGAAUACAAUCGACUCUAACCGGAGUCGCCCAAGCGGUGGUCGACAAGGUCGUGAGGAUUCACCACGAUGUAAACAUGAGCAACACGCAGAACACCAUGACCACCGGCAAGCGCGACGACAUAACUCUUCUGGUGCGAAACUUCAACUUCCCGCUGCCGCACGCAUUGAAGAGUCCGACUAGCCAAUCGGUCAGAUUCAAUCCCGUGGUGCAGACGGCGCCGAUCAGCAUACCGGACAACGAGGACUUGUCGAGCACCAGCACGGGCGUCGCAGACGACGUCGACACGUCGACGACUGAAACGUCAACGACGUCGGAUCUGUAUCCGCCUGGUGCCAGGAUAGCGGAGCGAAAUGCUAGAACGAAGCCUUACGUAGAUUUUUCCGAGUAUUACGAGAACGUUGAGAAGAGAAGGAAAGAGGGAACUCUACCGGAAGGCAUAGACUUCUAGCGUUUCGUCUGUCUAACAAGUAUUGAAAAUAUUCGAUUAUUGACUUCAGCACAUUACGGCUGUGUUAAUAUACGCGAAUGUUCCUACCACUGCAGCUUAUUUGUUACUUUGAGACUAUUCUUUAUCAUUAAGAUGUAAAGUUAAUUAAUUAAUGACUUAGCAUUGUUGUAUUUUUGCUAUAUAAAAAUUUAUUAUCCGUAGGGAUAAUAAAAUGUGGAGGCUUGGA